UUUUAUAUUUUAAAGAACCAGCCAAGCGGGCUUCAUCUCUCCCUUCUUUCUCACGAGUCCUCUUCCUUGGAGGAACCUAAACUAUUCGCAAAGCGGAGAUUGGAAGCUAAGCGAGGUGCCAAAUGUCCAUCCACAGCCGGAGAUCCCAACCUCCUCCGAAAGCUCCCUUCCAUCCUCCUCUCCAUCUUCAGAAAGCCCGAGCCCAAGACACUCGCGCGCUUGCUUCCUUGCUCCCGAAGCCUCCAACUCCCUUCCACUUAUUCAUACCGCCAUCUCCCCUGGGCUCCUCUUUAAGUGGGAUGCUACUGGUCGUACCAGCUCGACUCGGGGCGGGCGCUUAUUGUUGCUAUUGCUCCUGAUGGGGCAUGCCGACGAGGGGCUUGUUGCGGAUCCGGUCGCUGUCGUCUCCACUAUGGAAAACAAGAGUAAUGGUAACGAACAGAGAAGAUUAGAGCUCGAAAAGGAGGUUGUUGACCUUCAGAGGAUGCUCUGUGAUGAAGAGAGGGUGCAUGAAAUUUUGGAACGUGCAUUGGUUCCGCAAAAUGCUCUAAAAACACUGCAUAUCCCAAAUUUCCUUCCUAAAAAGGGUUCAGAUGAUCCUACUAUUGCAGGUUCUUCUAGAGCUAGUCCGUAGAGCAUUUUUGAUCCCUGAUACUUGCUCGUAUCACCUUUCCAGGAGUCUCCUAAGUCAAUGCAUGAUAUGAUUAGAAAAAGUCAGUUUUGUGGACAUCCAAAUGAGAUUUAGAUGGCUUGAUUGUACAUCGCAAGUGUCUUAGGUGGUUCAAGGAGAGGUAGAGAAACAUCAAAAGUUAAAGCACUUCAUCAUUAUUAAGAACUUACUCAAGACAAAGGAACUGCUAGCAGAACUGGUAAUGGUGGAAGAAGAGAUAGCUCGACUGGAAAGAGAAAUAAGUAAAGUUCGAGAAGGCCUGCAAAAUGUGCAAGGAGCUCAGGAACAGAAUUCCCCAAAAUUUCAUGAACAUAAACAUGCAAAUGGAGAUGUAGCUAAACCUCCCAUCAAAAUGCUGAACGCCAUGCCAUCUCUGCCUAAUGGAAAAGUAUUGCAGGAUAAUAUAGAAUUAGAAACCAAAUCUAUGUUCUACAUAAAUCAGGCAAUAAAGGGAGAUGUUUUAAUUAAUGGUUUGAGCAAAAAGGUAGGUGCUGGAAGAAUAACUAGGUCAGAUCAACAUAAUGAAUGUCAAAGAAUGAUGGAAGUUAAGGACAGAACUUCAAAAAAUGGUGGAAUCACAGAGAAAGUGACCUUGCCCAAGUUAUCUAUGAAGCAUCUUACUAUAAAAAAUGCAGAGGUGGAAUUUCUUCCCAAGAUGUACAAACAACCAUCACUUGGAAAUUCAUCAGACACGAAUGGUGUGACUUACCAGCCGAAUAAGUUGUCUGAGAAAAUAGUGAAAUGCCUGAUCUGUAUUUUUCUAAGAUUAUUAAGAACAUCACGAUCAAUGGAUAUUGAAAAAUCAGGAAACUUGUCAAAGUCAUCCAACAUGCUGUUGAAAUCAGGAAGCUUUCAGGUUGAUGGCAAUUCAAUAUCAAAGGGAAGAACUUCAUUUCAAAGGGAAAUAAGGCACCACGAUCCAUAUGGAAUUUUUGAGUUUGAAGACUCUCUUUCCAGAGAUAUUGGUCCGUACAAGAAUCUUGUCAAAUUUUCCCCCUGUUCUUCAGAUUACAAGGAAUUUUCUUGUUCUCUCUCUCUAAUGAAGAAGCUAAGUCUAAACUAUUAUUUCAGGGUUUUAAGCAGGAGCCUUCAGGAUGUGGACUUGAGAAAUUUGACGGACCAAGAAAAAUUAGCCUUUUGGAUCAAUGCUCAUAAUAUUUGCAUGAUGCAUGGUUUUAUAGAGGUUGGAAUGCCUUCAAACCCAGAAAUGGUUAAAGGAAUCGAAAAUAUGGCAAUACUGGAUAUAGGAGGUAACAAACUUAGUGCUCUAAUGAUCAAGCACCUUCUAAGAUGGCCAUCAAAUUCUAAUGAGGUAUGUUUAAUUCUAAAUCUAUUCAAAAACUAUUUUGUUGACAGUUUUAUAUGCAUUAUUUCACAGGAAAGAAAAGGUAACAGGAAUGAUAAAGAAAAAUUACCAGAACAUUAUGAAUUGGGGCACUCAGACCUGAACGUUGUAUUUGCAUUAUGUUCUGGUUACAAAUCUUCUCCAGCUGUCAAGAUAUACACAGCUGAUGGUGUGACUAGUGAGUUGGAAAAAUCAAAAUUGGACUAUUUGCAAGCUUCAAUAGUAGUCACCACUACAAAAAGAAUUAUGAUUCCACAUUUCCUAGCCUCAAGCAUGCACGAGUUUGCCGCAGACUUGGAUUCUUUAGUUCACUGGAUUAUCAAUCAGCUUCCAACUUCUUGGCCUUUAAGGAAGUCCAUGCUGGAGUGCUUGAAAGGACAUACGCCUGGGAGGAUAUCUCUUGCAGUGGAUGUAAUUCCUAGUGUCUCUGAGAUUCAGUAUCUUCUGCCCAUGUGAGUUGGUAUAUAUAUAUAUUUUUUACAUUUUUUGUGAAAUUUGGAAAAUGUAAUGGAAAUGUGACAAUUUAAAUCGUAUAUUCUGAAACUGAUAGCUUUAUGUAUGGUUUCAGAGUAUACAUGUGGAUCUGUAUAUAUGACUAAGCUUCCAAGUUUAUUCUACUUACAAGCUUGUAACGUGAA